AUGGAAAUGUGUAAAUAUAAUUUUUUGCCGAAGUUUGAGCAAUUGCAAGCGAUCUAUUACCUGUCUCGCGGUAAAGAUGUAUUCGUUCAUCUGAGAACUGGUUUCGGAAAGUCGCUGAUUUACACGCUCUUUCCAUAUGUUUGCGAUGCUCUGCGAUCGUCACCAAACAACGAUUGCCGUUCAUCUAUCGUCGUUUUGAUUUCACCACUAAUUUCCCUCAUGGAUGAUCAGAUGGCUAAAAUGGCCGAACGAGGAAUACAUAGCGUCAAGCUCACCGAUCUUAAAGACCGACAAGUUGAGGACCUUCGACGUGGAAAAUCGAACAUCAAAAUCGCUUUGUUAUCCCCUGAGGCAUUUACCAGUUUGACUGUAAGGGAGACUCUGAGGGAACUGAAAGAGCAUAUUGUUUGUGUGGCAAUUGAUGAGGCACAUUGUGUACUACAAUGGUAGGUCUAUGCUAGAUAUUUUAAUAAUUUAAUAAAUAAAUUAGCCAAAGUGCUUUCCCUUGACUACAGAGCCUCAUUCUAUUGCAAGAGAAUUUGGCUAAUUGUCAUAUGUUUAUACUAAGUUUUAAAGGAUUAUUGAAAUUAUUGAAAAUGUGGCGAGAUAACCAACGAUUGGAUAGGGCAAAAUUUUUUUACACUUUGGUUCAUCACGUUAUAUAAUUAGCCUUGCAAAUAAGUAACUUUAUACAGUAACCUACUCUGAACUCACUUGAUUUAUUUUAAGGGGCAGAGAUUUCAGAAGCGCUUACAAUGAGUUAAAAGACAUCCGUGCUUUAAUGAUGGCUGGAUUACCUAUAACUGCACUUACAGCCACUGCUAAUUGCAAAACAAUGAACUACAUCACUGCUAAAUUGGAUAUGGAAGGUUGUAUUGUUAUCAAAUCAUCUACAAACCGACCCAACAUAUUUUAUAAAGUAUGUAUCCUUCCUAACUGUCAAGGGGAUGAUGAUCAACUAUUCCAAUCCUGCUUUGGUUUUGUUGUUGAACAACUGUUGCAGCACAAUGACAAAGCAGAUAAAGUGAUUAUAUACUGUACCUCAACUAAUGAUUGUGCUACCAUUUACGAGUUCUUUGAAAAUGCCUUGGGAAGCAAUAUUUAUGAUAACGCUAACCAAUUAUUGGUUAACAUGUAUGUGAAAGUUAUGGAUGAUAGAACAAAAAAGGACAUCAUAGCGAAGUUUACCAAACCAGAUGGUCCACUUAGAGUUGUUGUUUGCUCAUCAGCAUUUGGACUGGGGGUUGACUGUCCCAAUGUGAGAACUGUUGUUCACUUUAAGUUUCCAGAUACACUCAUGCAAUUUGUACAGGAGAGUGGCCGUGUCGGAAGGGAUGGAGAAGCAUCAAAGUCUCUACUGUUUGUUGGUGGAAGGGAGUUUG